ACUCCGAAUUUAGGAGUAAUCAUUUCUGAAUUCCGCUUAAACCCUAAACCCUCAACUUCUCACUCUACCUCUCUCCGCCAGUUCACCAAUGGCGCCGGUGGCAACCAAAGCAAACCCUCUACUCACAACCAUACCAUGGCGGCGGAUCAAAUUCCGCACUAUCUGCGGCGGACGCAUCUCCCGCGCGCCUCCGUCCUCACCCGCGCAAUCGACCACUGCCGCAGACGCGUUAGCUGCCGGAAAGAAGGUUCUCGAGACGUUCACUGAAGAAUUCGAGAUCGGAAAGCGGAAGAUCACGAUGGAGACCGGCAGAAUAGCACGAUUCGCGAACGGUUCCGUCGUUUUGUCCAUGGAAGAGACGAGAGUGUUGUCCACAGUGGCUUCAGCUAAGAGCGACGGCAGCCGCGAUUUUUUACCCCUCACUGUCGAUUAUCAGGAGAAGCAUUUUGCUCAGGGUAUGAUUCCGAACACAUUCAUGAGGAGGGAGGGGGCUCCGAAAGAGCGCGAGCUCUUAUGCGGCCGCCUCAUUGAUCGACCUAUAAGGCCUCUUUUUCCUCCUGGAUUUUACCAUGAAGUUCAGGUUAUGGCGAGUGUCCUCUCAUCCGAUGGGAAGCACGAUCCGGAUGUAAUGGCAGCUAAUGCGGCAUCUGCUGCUCUGAUGUUAUCAGAUGUUCCUUGGGGUGGUCCUAUUGGAGUGAUUCGCAUAGGGAGGAUUGGCGGUCAAUUGAUUGUCAAUCCCAGCAUGGAUGAGCUUUGUCUAAGCGAUCUUAACUUGGUUUAUGCAUGCACAAAAGACAAAACAUUAAUGAUAGAUUUCCAAUCACGUGAGAUAUCUGAAAGAGACUUGGAAGCUGCUUUAAGAUUUGCUCAUCCUGAGGCAGUCAAAUAUCUCGAGCCUCAACUAAGGUUGGCAGCCAAAGCUGGUAAACAGAAAAAGGAUUAUAAGUUAUACACGGUAUCUGAGAAUACUUUUGAAAAAAUAAGGAGUUUGUCAGAAGGUCCCAUUGAAGCUGUGUUCACGGACCCUACAUAUGGCAAGUUUGAAAGGGGUGAAGCCUUAGAUAAUAUUGGACGGGAUGUGAAAAAAACACUUGAGGCAGAAGGUGAUGAAGAAGGUCUUAAAGUUCUAUCAAAAACAGUGGAUAAUGUGCGGAAAAAGGUUGUUCGCAGAAGGAUAAUUGGCGAGGGAAUUAGAGUUGAUGGAAGACGCCUUGAUGAAGUCAGGCCUGUGUAUUGUGAAGCUGGUCACUUGCCCGUGCUACAUGGUUCGUCUAUAUUUUCUCGUGGAGAUACUCAGGUUCUUUGUACUGUGACCCUUGGUGCACCUGGAGAAGCUCAAGUUUUGGAUUCUCUAGUUGGUCCUUCAACGAAGAAAUUUAUGCUUCACUACAGUUUUCCACCAUAUUGCACCAAUGAAGUUGGUAAGCGAGUUGGACUGAACAGACGCGAAGUUGGACAUGGUACCCUUGCUGAGAAAGCACUUCUUGCUGUAAUGCCUCCUGAAGAAGACUGCCCAUAUACUGUUCGUAUUAAUUCAGAAGUCAUGGCCUCUGAUGGAUCAACGUCAAUGGCAUCUGUUUGUGCAGGUAGUAUGGCCUUAAUGGAUGCUGGCAUUCCAUUGAGGGAACAUGUAGCAGGUUUGUCAGUGGGACUUAUCAGUGAAACUGAUCCUGAAACUGGUGAAAUCACGGACUACAGAAUAUUGACUGAUAUUCUUGGUUUGGAGGAUCAUUUGGGAGAUAUGGACUUCAAAAUUGCUGGAACCCGCAAUGGAGUUACAGCUAUUCAGUUGGAUAUAAAACCUGCAGGAAUCCCUUUAGAUAUAAUAUGUGAGUCUUUAGAGCCUGCUCGUAAAGGGCGCAUUCAAAUCCUUGACCAUAUGGAACAGGAGAUAAAUGUUCCACGUACUCAGGAUGGUAGAAACUCUCCACGGAUAUUGAACUUGAAGUACAGCAAUGAAGCAAUCCGUCGCUUGAUUGGUCCUCUCGGUGCAUUAAAGAGAAAGAUUGAAGAAGAAACAGGUGGAAGGAUAUCUGUGAAUGAUGGUUCUCUUACUGUUGUGGCUAAAAACCAAUCAGUACUCGAUAAAGUGAUGGAAAAGAUUGAUUUCAUAGUGGGUCGUGAAAUUGAAAAGGGCGGUGUGUAUAAGGGUAUUGUAACUUCGAUCAAGGAAUAUGGUGCCUUUGUAGAGUUCAAUGGAGGCCAACAGGGUCUCCUUCACAUUUCCGAAUUAGCACACAAUCCGGUGUCCAGAGUGUCUGAUGUGGUAUCAGUUGGCCAAGUGCUAAAUUUGAUGUGCAUCGGCCUAGACGUGCGUGGUAAUAUCAAUUUAUCUCUCAAGGCCACUUUACCUAAAACAUCCACUAGUCUUGGGCAACAAACACCUAAAGUUUGGAAGCCUUCAAGCAAUCCUGAAUCGGAGCAAGAAAAUAAGGAUAAUCAGCCUGCAGAAGCUGUGGAAAGCUUAGCAUCGAUUGUGAUUCGAAGUGCUGCUGAGUGUGAUGAGGCAGACAAAUAUUCUGCUCUAAAUCAGCCAUCAAAAGCUGACGCUCCCCUAGAUGCAAAGAAAUUGAAAAUUGGAACAGAGCUGACCGCCAAGGUUCAGCAAAUCCGUGCUCAUGGACUAGUCCUUGAUUGCGGAAGUGAUAUCCGUGGGAUGUACCGGUUUGAGACUGGUUCCGGAAAAAAGUUUGUAGUCGGUGACAAGCUACGAGUAAAGUGUACCAGUUUCUCUGGCAAGGGAAUCCCAGUGAUGUCUCUGGUGCAGGAGUAGGGAUCACACAAGUACACAAGGUUUGGCAACUGACUUAAGUUUUUGACAUAAAUCAAUACUUGGAAAUGUCAUCGAAACGUGGGCAUUUAUAUUUUAUGAACUUGAAUGCACGAUACUACCGGAGAUUUCUUAGGAGAAAUAGUCAAAUAGAAGAAAAUGACCAGCAAUUUGAUCGAAACUUCAGAUGAGUAACAGAUAGAGCAAUGGUUUUUGAGUAGGUAGGUAAGUUUUGUGUGUAAAAGCAGUGUAAAUUUCGGUUUUCUUUGUCGUAGCAUUAAACUGUUCUUGACAUGUUUCUAGAUCAUGUACAUUUAGUAGCUCAUUUUUUUUUAUUACAUAAUAACAAAAAUUGGAUUUUAAACUGUUA